CAUCGGAAGCAGUUGACAACUAUGACAGAAUUUUUGUACCUAACCUUACUUUAUGCAAUUUUGACAGUUCCUCGCUGCUCGUAAACAGUUGUGGUAAAAAAUAGUUGAUUUUUUUAUUUUUAGAAUAUUUAUCCAAAAAAAAAUGGAUUUUGACGAACAGUUUCUCUUUCUGUCCUUUCUUUUUUUUGGAAUGUGUCUUUUUGUAUCUAAUGACACAAGAAAAUAGAAGAUGGUGGGUCAGACCAAUAUUCAGAGAAAGGAAUGAGAAAGGGGCUUUUCGAAAUAUUUUUACCCAUAUGAAAACAAAGGAUCCUGAAAUGUUUUUUAAAUAUACAAGAAUGCUACCAGAUCAGUUCGACAGUAUCCUGUGUCUCCUUAAGUCAAAACUACUAAAACAUAGUAGGAGAGAAUAUUUAAGCCCUGCAUUAAAGUUGGCUAUGACUUUGAAGUUUCUGGCUCAUGGAGGAUCAUUUCAAAGUUUGUCAUGGGAAUUCCGCGUUGGACAUUCAACUGUUUCAAAAGUGAUCUUCGAAACAUGCACCGCAAUUUGAGAUACAAUGCAACCUAUUUACUUGAAAUCCCCUACUGAACAAGAGUGGAUUAAUAUCAGCCACCAGUUUUCAAAUAGAUGGAAUUUUCCACAUACACUUGGGGCCAUUGAUGGAAAACAUGUUCACAUUCAAUGCCCAUUGAAUAGUGGGUCAUUGUAUUAUAAUUAUAAAAACCACUUUAGCAUUAUCUUACUAGCAUGCUGUGAUGCUGAUUAUAAGUUUAUUUGGGCAGAUAUUGGUGCGUAUGGCUCUGAACAUGAUGCUAGUGUAUUUCGGAGAUCUCAGAUGGGAAAACAGUUAGAUGAAGGAUCAGUUUAGUUGCCAAGGUAGAUCAAUUGCCAAGUAGCAAUGUUGAAAUGCCCUAUUUUUUUGUUGGCGACGAAGCUUUCCCUUUGAAACCAUAUCUAAUGAGGCCAUAUCCAGGGAGGCAACUAACCGAACAGAAAUCAGUUUUCAACUACAGAACUGAGGCACCAACGACAUAUGUACAAUAUGUACAACCUACAUUAAUAGACUCCUUGAAGGAUGAUGGUGGAACAAAUAGGGAUGGUGAAUGGAGAGAAAUCAUCCAAAAUGACACCAACUUGACACCAAUUGGCAGAGUGGGAGCAAAUAUAUCAGCCAGUGCAACUAUGGCUUUGAGAGACAUGCUAGCAGAAUAUUUGAUACCAGAUGCUGGAGCAGUAACGUUUAAAGAAGUUGUUGGAAUCGAGGUCAUUAACUCUCCGGGAUCUGGACAGCUCAGCAGAUUUGGGAAUAAUACUGAUGAAACACUUCACAAUUUGUACAAAGCCUUCCAGCCAGUUUCCCGUAUUGAUACUUCCGACAUUACUACAGAGAACAAGCAGUAUUUGGUAGAAGAUGUUUAG